AUGGCGAAUACAACUACAAGUUUUCCACUACCCUCCUACACGUUGACCCCUCGCCCUUCCUUGAUCCCUGGCAUCUCCGAUCCUCUUCUUCAACUCCUCGCUCCAGUCGUAGCCUACUGGGUCGUCUCGAUCUUCUUUCAUAUCCUCGAUAGCUAUGACUUUUGCGCCCAGUAUCGACUGCACACCCCGGCUGAAGUUCUCAAGCGGAACCACGUCACCAGAUACGAAGUCGUUCGAGAUGUUGUCUUGCAGCAGAUCAUUCAGACUGCAUUCGGCUUACUCCUCGCCCACUUCGAUCCUGCAGAGACCGUCGGCAAAGAAGAGUAUGAUGUUGCAGUUUGGGCCCAACGUCUACGUCUUACCCAGUCCUACAUUCCCUCGUUUCUCGCCGCUCUCGGAGUCGACGCCCUCGCUCUGUCAAACAAGGUCAGCACAUAUCCACAACUUGCCAACGCCUUGUCCGGAGGUAGCUACUCCACCCAGACAAUUGCUCCCUGGGAACUUUCUGUAGCCAAAGCAAUCUACUGGGCGGGAAUUCCGUCCCUUCAGUUUCUCGUGGCAAUCCUUAUUGUUGACACAUGGCAAUACUUCCUCCAUCGUGCCAUGCACAUGAAUAAAUGGCUGUACACGACUCUUCAUUCCCGCCAUCACCGCCUCUACGUACCUUAUGCCUUCGGCGCGUUGUAUAACCAUCCUCUGGAAGGAUUUCUAUUGGAUACUCUCGGUACAGGCCUGGCUUAUCUGGUUACGGGAAUGACUGUCAGGCAAGGAAUGUGGUUUUUUACUUGCUCAACCAUCAAGACUGUUGACGAUCAUUGUGGCUAUGCUUUCCCAUGGGAUCCAAUCCAGCACAUCACUUCGAACAAUGCUGCAUACCAUGAUAUUCAUCAUCAGAGCUGGGGGAUUAAGACCAAUUUCUCCCAACCUUUCUUCACCUUCUGGGACAAACUCUUGGACACUGCAUGGACUGGAGGUGAUAUUUCAGCUCGGUAUCAACGUGACAGGAUUGCUGCGCAGAAGAAAGUCGAUGCGGACACUACCCCCACCUUUCAAAAAGCUUCAGUGGUAAAUUCCCCAGAGCUUGACAUGGAAAAAGCAAAGCAGCAAGCCAUGUCUAGCCAGAGGCAGGUCCUCGACGAUAAAGUUAAUGGUGGGGCCAAAGUCCUAGAAGAAGAGGCAAGGGAGGAACAAAGCGUCAAGGCAACUCCAAGACGGAGCGCGAGACGGAAAACUAGUGGCUUUGACGCUAAGGCUCUUUCCGAUCGUGUUGCCGGAAGCCUGCACGGGAGAAGCCAUGCCAUCCUACACGCCGAUGGGGCGCAUUGA